UGUCGAAUAAAAUGAGGAUAAACCGUCUGCGUUUUAAAAGGGCGCUGAUAGUUUGCAGCUUGUCGAAAUAUCAAUGUGCCCAGUGUAUAGCACGCUACAAGUAAAAUGCUCACAAAAGACUCAUUUUGUUUUUGUAAGAUUUUUGCGUAAUACAGAGAAUAUGGGUGGGAAUUCAGGGAACCUGUUGAUUUUUCACAGGUUCAGAUGGACCAUAUGAUAAGAUUUGCGUAACAAAACAGCUUUCAUUUGUGUUGCCAGGUGCGGCUGUUUAGUAAAGACGAGAUCCACUUAACACCGAAAGUGAUUUCAGAAAUUUGGCAAGUAGCCGAAACAUUUUACAAAGAUGCAGAUGAAGUAUCACCAAAAUAAGUAGUACAGUCACCAUUCAUAGGCAGACACAUGAAAAUAUUAUGCAUUCAGCUCGGGACGUGUGACCAAUUCAACCAAUUAGUUGAUAAAGUGAGUCGAACUGCUACAGAUUGAACGCCGGAAUAACACGAAACACACCAAGUAACACGAAAACACCCGAGGACCUCCGAUCUAUUUUGGUAUUAGUCCCUUGAAUGAAAGAUAUUGCUUAUAUUAGCCGGCCAUAAUUGAUUUAGCGCCUUACAUAACUCUAAAAAAUAAAAUAAUAUUUCGGGAGCACUCCACAGGAUUGACACUAAAUAGCAAAGAAAUAUUUUUUGAAGAAGCUCUUUUCAUUAAAAAUGGUGUAAAAACAAAUAAAGAAAAAUAAAGGGCCAUAAAGGUCGAAACUGUGACAAUUUAUUACAUGUUAUCAUUUAGGUCUGGAGAUAGCUUUGUGUGGAGUGGAUAAAUGGUUCUCGUUUUUAAGUAAAUGCGCAGAGCCAUCUUGAGUGGUUGGUACUUUUAUCUAAUCGUCAUCUGCGCCGAAUCGCUGGAGGAGCUCUCGUGAGACAGUCCAUAUAAAUAAAGCAAGUCAUCUCGUGGCAGCUGAUCGGUGCAUCUCGACUCUGAACACCAGGUGAUUAUUGCCAGUUUGAUCAUGGGAACGAUUAUGUCAUUCUGCUGGCGAAUUCUCUCCAGAUUUCCAUUCUCAAGAGGAAAACCAUCACUCACCCAGAAAGAACAACAGGAUAGCUGCUCAAAACUGACGGACGUAUUAAGGAACGGUUCCAGAUGCUGUGCUGAUGUGAAGUGUGCAAGCUUGGCGCGGACUGCGAGGGAGCUUUUAUCAAAAAUGGAACAGAUUCAAACACAGCUGCAUAACGAAGUCGUGUUGUGGAAACUAAGGUACAUACGGGGUAUAUGCACGACAGAGAGUCGACAAAACUUCUACGAACUUCUUGGAAAGUUUAACUCCUUUCACGAAAUGCUUGACGCGAUCAUUGAAAAUGAAAAGAAGUAUAUAGGAGCCAUGGAACCGGAACAAAAAGGAGAAGAAGAAGAAGGAGGACAUAAAAGCGAAACCAUAGACGCGGAGCCAUCUGUAGUGUUAAUCGAAAAAUCAGGCACCGAAAAAAAGGCUUUGCGGAGAAGAAUUAAGUUCUUCACAAAAGUUCAUGAGCGCAACGUUAAACUGCUAUUUCUUGUUGUAAACGAAGUAGCAGAGUGCAGGUCGAUGGUGGAUACUUCAUGCAUCAACGGUCAAGAACUGUCGGAUAGCUUCGCGUCAGAAAUAACAGAAACUGGUAGAUUUUUGAGCGUGCUAGAGGAAUCGCAUGACGAAGAAUUAAUUGAAGCUUCGUCAAAAAGGCUUGGUCCCAACAAGCCUGAAUGCACGAUUCAGAGGGUAGAUCCAACGCAAAAUUUGACGACUUGAAUUAGUUGGUUCUCUGAACAUCAUUUUAAAUUGUUGUAUCCCACAGUUACUAGGCACGCUGUGAUUGGUCAAUUGAACGGGCUGUGAUUUAAUAAAAGCAGUUAAUGAUGGCAAAAUCUCAAAUUUGGCGGGCUGAUGAAUGUUUGGAUCUUUUAUUGUCCUAAAAUAAUGUGUUUAAAGGAACCAAUGAUCGAACAACAAUACCGAGCAGACUUAUUAUAUUUUCUUUGUGCGUCAAGUUGUUCGAUGCGAAUGGAAGUCGUUUCACGAACCCGUCGGAGAUAAAACAAUUAUUUAACCCAAUCAUAAUUAUCAUAUUUGUCGCAAUAUCCUAAUUAGCAUAUAUCAUGAUUAUCUAACCAACUUGUAUUUCCCAAUCCGCACAGUUUGUAACGGAUCCUGGUUUUUCCCCCAACAGGAAUAGUAAGGUUUAUAUUCGCUCCGACGAAGAGCUUAAGUUCGAAAAAUCAGCUUUAAAAACUCUUCACGUUGGCCAAUUUACAUUAUCUUGAUUAUACACCCCACCGACGCAGCACCACAGUUUUUUUUUUCUAAAAGAAACCAACCCCCACCCCUAUGGGAUCGGUAUGCUACCCCAAUAAAGAUAUUGAAAUGACUGCAAACCUAUCCGUGUAAAACAUACUUUGAUGGAGUAAGCAGGAACAAAGUAAAAAUGAAAAAAGAGAAAAAAUAAGGUGGAGAAGUUGCUUUCAUUUGAUUCUAAACUUUAAAGUUACUUACCUAUAUGUAGGGUUCACCGUCUGCAUGUUUACUCGUGACAAA